AUGAUUUUAAUAUACAAAAAGAUCAAAAAGCGAAAUGAAAGAAAGAGACUAGAGGAUCAACAGCCAGACCAACCCCAGCAACUUGAAACAACGAAUGAAUCUCCUGCUUCAGAAGGCCAUAUACCAUCAACAGUCGAGAAAGAUGUCUCACCGGAAGAGAAAGCCGAAAAGAAACUCAGAAGAACAUAUCGCUUGAAGCUCAUUCUUGGUCUAUUUGGUCCUUUCUGUCUUUCAUCACUAGAUACAACGAUUGUUGCAUCUGCUUUACCAUACAUCGCAACAGAUUUCAAUCAACUCAGCCAACUAAACUGGAUCAUCUCAUCCUUCAACCUUACCUCCGCCGCCUCCUUAUUCCUCUGGGCCCAACUCACAGAUCUAUUCGGCAGACACAAUACCCUCCAAGCAGCGACGCUCACCAUGGUAUUAGGAUCUGCCAUCUGUACUGGAUCCCCAACCUCAAAAUUCAGUGUCCUCCUUCUUGGCCGUGCGAUACAGGGUAUCGGCGCCGCAGGAGUAACUAUAUCCGUUCGUACGAUCCUAGCAGAUGGUGUCUCGCUUUCAGAUUACGCGGUUAACUGGACCAUCUUCGCUAUUGUCGCCGGUGUGGGAUUUAGUAUUGGUCCCGUUAUUGGUGGUUACUUGACCACUGCUUCAUGGCGUUGGUGCUUCGCUAUUAACCUACCCAUUGGUAUCCUCGCUAUGAUCGUGCUCCUUAUCUUACUGAGAAAAGAUCUGCUGGGUCCACAGCCUUUGGUUCAGUUAGAUGGAAGGGAUUUAUCAACCCGGUCGAAACGCUUCAUCGCUCGCGUUUCUACUAUUGAUUUUGGUGGUCAGAUGCUUUUCCUUUGGGGAUUUGGUCUUUUGAUUCUGGGCUUGACUUGGGCUGGUGGGAAUUAUUCUUGGAACUCUGCUGCUGUCAUUGCUCCUCUCGUUCUUGGUGGCAUUAUGGCUAUUGCUUGGGUUGUAUACGAACGCCUUAUGGCUCCUGACGCCCUGUUAGCGAGAGCUUUACCAAGGCAGAAGGCUAUGAUGCCCUGGAAAGUACUCUCGCAACGGAAUAUUGCGUUGCUUUUUGCGAUCAACUUCACGAUGGGUGCUUCCAUGUUUGCUGUUAUGUAUUUCAUGGACUUGUACUUUGAUUUGGUGGAAGGGAAAAGCUCUAGUUCUUCUGGAACGGCUUUAUUGUAUUUUCUUCCGGGAUACGGUGGUGGUGCCUACUUCGUCAUGUUUGCAUGCAACUUUUGGCCUCGUCAAACCCUUCCCAUCCUUCUUGUUGGUAGUAUCGCCACCGCAGUUGGUAUAACCGUUUUAGCAUCGGCUGUUCAUAAAUCUCAAACAGACCUCAUAUACGGCAUGAUGGCUCUAGUGGGCUUUGGUGUUGGCAGUCGAAUGAACCCUGCCUCACUCCAUGGUCUAGCUUUCUUCCCAACGAUGACAGCCCAGGUUACAAGUUUGGUUGCAUUUGCGCUUCCGUUUGGUGGUCUGGUGGGCCUGACUAUUAUGUCGACCGUCUUUGAGAAUAAAAGUGGUGUUGAUGAGUCGGAUCCUAGGAGUGGGAUUAAGUGGGCGUUUGUUGCUAUGAUGCCGUUCAUGUGGAUUGGUGUGCUGUUGACUACUCUCUUGGGGAACGUGUGGCUUUUGAAAGGGGGUGGUCAUGAGGUUGUGAAUGGGGCUUAUCUUUGGAGUUUUGUUACUCGGAAGAAGCUUGUCAGAGAGAGGCGAGACCGGAGGUUGGAUCUGGGGUCUGCGGGUGAGGUGAAGGGGAAGAGUGAUAUUGAGGAUGGAACUGGCACUGGAACUGAAGUUCGGGAUCGGACUACCAGUUGA